UCUCCGCCUCCCCCUCUCUCCUCGCCGCUCACUCUUCCUCUCACAGAUAUACGCCAGAGCUCAGACUGCAGCAGAGCCAGCGAGGAUUUUCCCCUUUUUAUUUUUUUGGAUAGGCGGAGACACGCACCUGCUGCGGAGGUCCUGGAUGGACGACCGACUGAGGAGGAGAAUCUGAGAGUCUGCUGAGCGUGUAGGUCGACAUCUGGCUGUCGGACGCAGUUGCGAGGACUUUUUUUUCAAAGACCCCCUCCAAUCUGUCAAGGGACCCGCCAGCUACCCAUCAUCCCUUCAGCUUAGGAUGGUCCGCUGCGCGCCCCUGUGCUGAGGAGGCGUCGGCGGGCAGCAGCAUGGACGCUGUGCUGGCCGGCAUCCCCACCAUCCCCUCCACCGCCACCAAUCUGCCACCACCACCACCACGCUGCCCAAACGAGCCGGGCGCUCCCCCCAUCCCCGCCGAUGGGCGAAGACACUGACGCCACCCCGACGCUCAACCACCACGGCUUCCUCCCCGACCACAACUAUGUGACCGAAGGGCUGCUCCUGGCUAUAGCCUGAAGAGCUCCGCCCAUCCUGUCCACCCCUCUCCACCCUGGAGUCCUCCCCCAGGAUGUUGAGCCCCAUCCAGGUGCUGUGCUCCGACAUCACUACCCUUUCUCUGGAGCCUGAGCCGUUUGCCUCUUACACUGAAGCGGAUAUCAUCUCCACCGUAGAGUUCAACCACACAGGAGAGCUCUUGGCCACAGGGGACAAAGGAGGCCGUGUGGUCAUCUUUCAGAGGGAACCAGAGAGCAAGUCUGAUCCAUUUUCCCAGGGAGAGUACAACGUGUACAGUACCUUUCAGAGCCAUGAGCCCGAAUUCGACUACCUUAAGAGUCUGGAGAUCGAAGAAAAGAUCAAUAAGAUUCGAUGGCUGCCUCAGCAGAACGCCGCGCACUUCCUGCUCUCCACCAAUGACAAGACCAUUAAGUUGUGGAAGGUGAGUGAAAGAGAUAAACGACCAGAAGGGUAUAACCUGAAGGAUGAAGAAGGUCGCAUCAAGGAUAUCUCCACGGUCACCUCUUUGCAGGUGCCAGUCUUGAAGCCCAUGGACCUGAUGGUGGAGGUGAGUCCCCGGCGAGUGUUUGCCAAUGCCCACACGUACCACAUCAAUUCCAUCUCGGUCAACUCGGACUACGAGACCUACAUGUCAGCGGACGACCUGAGGAUCAACCUCUGGCAUCUCGACAUCACCGACCGCAGCUUCAACAUUGUGGACAUCAAACCAGCAAACAUGGAGGAUCUGACGGAGGUGAUCACAGCCGCGGAGUUUCACCCCCACCACUGUAACCUGUUUGUUUACAGCAGCAGCAAAGGCACCCUGCGCCUCUGUGACAUGAGGGAAGCAGCGCUGUGCGACAAGCACUCCAAACUGUUUGAGGAGCCCGAGGAUCCUUGCGCUCGCUCGUUUUUCUCUGAGAUUAUCUCUUCGGUGUCAGAUGUGAAGUUCAGCCACAGCGGUCGCUACCUGCUCACCAGAGACUACCUGACUGCAAAGGUGUGGGACCUCAACAUGGAGAGCAAACCACUGGAGACAUACCAGGUGCACGAUUACCUCCGCAGCAAGUUGUGCUCCCUUUACGAGAACGACUGCAUCUUCGACAAGUUUGAGUGUGCCUGGAACGGCUCGGACAGUGUGAUCAUGACCGGCGCCUACAACAACUUUUUCCGAAUGUUCGACCGCAACACCAAGCGGGACGUGACCCUGGAGGCCUCGAGGGAGAGCAGCAAACCCAGGGCUGUCCUGAAGCCGCGCAGGGUCUGCGCCGCCGGCGGGAAACGCCGCAAGGACGACAUCAGCGUGGACAGCCUGGACUUCACCAAGAAGAUCCUGCACACGGCCUGGCACCCCAACGAGAACAUCAUCGCCAUCGCCGCCACCAACAACCUGUACAUCUUCCAGGACAAGCUCAACUCCGAGAUGCACUGAUGAAGGGGUGCCGGCGGCGGGCCCAAAACGAGUUUACAAGCAAACGCGCCACUAUGCUAGAAUGUACAUUAUCAGACUCAACCACUGGCCCACAGAACCCAGGAAGAUGCCUAACACACACACAGUCCGAAUGCACACACACACACACACACACCUUUCUCCUCCUCAGCCUCCCACGACUGAACGGAGUCCAGUCAGGGAUAAAAAAAAAAAAAAAGGGAACUGGCUGGAUUACGCAAUGGGUUAUUAAUUGAAAAUUGUCCAAACUGUGUUUAUUUUUAUUGUUAUCCUGUGGAUUGUGGUUAAUGGUAUGUUAAUCGCCACAGAUCGGCUUGUGAGUGGGAUCAGAUCUCCUCUCAGACUGGAUGGAUGCUUGCAUUUCUUUGUCCUUUUUUUAACUCUUCAGUCCCUUUUUGCUUCCUCCUCCUUCUCCUCCUCCUCCUCUCCUCUCUGUAUUGGUGUGCUCCAGCAAAGCCUAUUCUUAUCCCCUUUUGCCCACUGUUUUGUGUGAAAAUGGGGCAUUUAUAUAACUGUCUGUUUUUCAUUCCAGAUAAGAUGCUCUGGUUUUUUUUUUUUUUUUUGGUUUUCUUUGUAACUUCUUGUUAAAAGUUGAUGAUAAAGGCAGAUCUGAUGGUCUAAACGAAGCGAUGUGUGAUAGUCCAGGAUGAACCCCCCCCCCCUCCCGUGACUCGCCCCUCAACCCAGCUGCACCAGACCCCUGUGAGGGUUGAAACAUUCGCAGUCCUGCAGGUAGAAGCAGACCUUAACAGACACAAACCCGCAGCACAGCGGGCGUUUAAGCAAUGACUGUUUUCGUUUUUUGGCCUAAACACGUCCAAACAUAUCCGUUUCUGUUUUUCUGCUUCUGGUCCAGGGCUGUCCUGUGUGCUGCUGCUGCUGCUGCUGCUGCUUCAACACUAAACUCAGAUAAAGCAAAAAAAAGAAAAAAAAAGAAAAAAAAAAAGUGAAUAUUUGCAACAAUCAAGCAAAAAAAGAUGCUGCAUGUCCAAGAGAUUUACUUUAUAAAUUGUCUGUCCGACUGACUUGGCUGCCUUCUUUGAACAUUUAGACGCUGAAGCAUGUUUACUCAUGUUGGGUUUGUAACACGUCCAUUUUGAAUGAAGCCGUCGACAAAACUCAGAGAAAACUGAGAACCGAGAAAAACGGGGGAAUGUUUCAGACUAAAUGUUGUACCUUGAAAUAAUACGAAAAAUAAUAAUAAUAAUAUUAAAGCAGCCUCAGUGGUGUCUGUAUAUAACAGCUCUGUUUCUGAAAUGUAUGAGGUUUAGUUUCUUCUGUCAACCAACCACAGAUUUGCCUCCAAAGCUACAGCGGAGUGAUGGUACUUUAAUCUCUUCGGCCUUCCUCACUGAUAACGUUUUUUUUUUUUUUUUUUUUUUUUUUUUGGAUGUCCAGAAGUUAUUUUUUAAAAGAUGGACGCUUCUUUAUUUGGAAUAUGUGUCGGUCGUCCUCCGUGUUUUCAUCAAUUACAGUUGAUUCACAUAUUUUUGUCUAAAUCUAUGUUGACAAGAUUGUCAAAUGAACAGUUAUAAAUAAUGUUAAUAUGUUAUUUUUUUUCCUUUUUUUCCAAUAAAGGACUCAACAAAAUUGCACCCAA